AUGGGAACACAAAUGGGAUGCAAUAUAUUGAAUUUAAUUAUUGGAAAAACAUUGGCUCAAAAUACAAAUAUUCAAACAAAUAAAGAUUCAAAUACAGAGCCGGGAGUUCCUGGACUACAAGGUUUAUCGGGAAUUAAUGGUCUUCCGGGACACCCUGGAGGACCUGGACAAAAUGGACAAAAUGGUCAAAAUGGUAGUCCAGGAGGACCGGGAGCUCCAGGAGGGUAUGGAUGUCCUGGUGGAGCGGGUGGUAUGGGAGGAAAAGGAGGGAAUGGCGGUGAUGGUGGUGCAGGGGGUCUGGGAGCUUAUGGCGGACGUGGUGGACAAGGUGGCAUUGGAGGUACUGGAGGUCCAGGUGGACCAGGAGCACCUGGAUGUUUUAUGGGACCGGGUGGUAAUGGAGGGAUGAGUGGUACAUCUGCAAAUGGCGCUGAAAAUGGUCCAACAGGUGAUCUUGGUAAAUCUUAUAAAAAUGGAAUAGCGCUAAAUGGUAUAGGAGCGGGAACUCCGGGAACUGCUGGAGCUCCAGGACAAGAUGGCGCACCUGGAGCACCAGGAGGACCUGGACAAGCAGGACAAGAUGGACAGGCAGGUUCACCUGGAAUGUCUGGAGGAACAGGAGGGUAUGGUUGUCCAGGAGGACAGGGAGGCCGAGGAGGUGACGGAGGUAGAGGUGGAAAUGGUGGAGCAGGAGGUUCGGGUGGAGCACCGGGAGGACGGGGUGGACUUGGGGGUAGUGGAGGCCGUGGAGGGAAUGGUGGCAAUGGAGCACCAGGUUGUUAUGGAGGACUGGGAGGUGUCGGUGGUGUGUCGGGAGUUGCUGGUAUUCCUGGAGCUAUAGGAACACCUUAA